GGUCAAUUAAAGAAAAUAAGUUACAUGCUUUGCGUACAUGGUGGUAAGCGGCUGUUUUCCAGGAUUAGCAGCAUGUCAAGGGAAAUCCAAUGGAUAUUGUCAAUCGUGCCGUUCUGUUUGAUGGUAUAAGACGCCUACUGAGCGCCUGUGAGAUAUGAAUUUGGAAGUCCAGUUAUUCAUUGAACCAUUUGAACUCUCGGUGCGCUUAAGAAGUUCGAUAUCUGUUAGGUCUUUGUUUCGAUUGGGAUUCUAGAGUCUAUAUAUCCAGCAUCUCAUCGAGGAUUGGUUUUGGCUCAUCACAUUUUAUUUAUCCAUCCUUUUCAUAAAGUUUGGAAUUGACGUCUCGGUUUCUUUCCUUUGGGGUCGUUUUCUGCUUGGUUAUUUCUUGAAUUUUUGACUUCUCAUUGACUCUCACGAAUCGCAAUUCUUAUUCAUCAUGGUUUCUUCGUCGUUUCUUUGGGCCAUCUUUGCUCUGGGAGCAACAGCCCUUCCGGCUCCUACCUAUACUUUUUCAUCCGGUGCUGCCCAUCCCGCCGAAAAACAAGUCAUAUCCGAAUACUUCGACAUGUUGGGUCAGAAAGUCCAAGCAGGAAGAAAAAUGUCUCACGCUCCUGUGUGCAAUCUCAAUACUGCAGCUCAACCAGUUCUAUAUCCAACACCUAUGCCCGAUCCCUCAACAGGCCUAAUCCUCAAGCACGUCGCCAUAGGUCGCGGAACCCAAAACUACACAUGCGGCACCAACGCGACAGCAGCACCCACCGCCGUCGGCGCAGUAGCAACCCUUUUCAAUGCCUCUUGCGUAGCAGCAACCUACCCCGAUCUCCUCGCCAUCCUUCCCAACGUAGCUCUCCAAUUUGAUCUUAACCUCGCUGCAUCCUCUACUGGAAAUCUUCAUCCCGCCGACCUCAUGAUGAGCGGUCAUCAUUUCUUUACCAAUUCCACGACGCCAUUUUUCAACUUGAACACCAAGAAUUGGCAAUUGGGUGAAGGAGGAUUCGCAAAGAGUGACGCACUUGCUGCUCCGACCGGUGCAUCGGUGGGACAGAAUGGCCAAGGCUUUGGAGCUGUGGCGUGGUUGAAAUUAGCAGCUAGAGAUGGAGCUACAGGGGGCUUGCAGGAGGUUUAUAGACUUAAUACUGCAGGAGGAAACCCACCUACUACUUGCAAGGAUAAUUUGUCGAGUAGUUUCGAUGUGCAGUAUGCUGCUGAAUACUGGUUCUAUGAGGAGGCAUAAAUAUCCAUCUACAUCUCCGCUCCAUCCAUCUUCACACACACACACACACACACACACACACACACACACAUAUAUAUAUAUAUAUAUAUAUAUAUACACAUACACAACAAAUAUCUCAUCCAACAACAUCACAGCCACGAAUCACAAAUCACGACGAACGGAUCUAAAGAGGAUAGAUCUAGACGGGUGGAGAUCGGCGGGCAUAAUGAAUUCUUUUCUUUACAAUCGUUCAAUAUCAAUGCAUGUGGGCGGCGUCCUGGUUUGCAUACCUAUUACCUGUUUUUAUUUCCUUUGGUGGCUUUGGUAUAUUUUUUUUUAUAGUUUCGAUAUCCCAUUGGAAAAAAGGAGGCCGUGCGAUUCGACUUGAUUUGACUGAACAGGUCGAGGAACAUCAAGAAUAAUGAAAUGAAAUGAGUUUAAAAUCAGGCA